GAUCUCUCUUUCACUCAUUCUAAGCAAUCUCCUGCUUCUUUAUUAAAUUGAAAACCUUUACCGUAUGUUUAUGCUGAAUUAAAUAUCCUGUAUUAUUGGUUCUCCAUUCCAAACUUAUUGUUCUUCGUCAUUCGUGGGAUUGGGUUUUUUUCUGGUUUUAGUUUUCCAACAUUCUUUUUGGUUUUUGGUGUAUGCAUUUGUGCUGUGCAUUCACUUUUCUUCAGAGAGAAAGAGAAAUUGAAAAGAUAAAGAAUUUGCUGAAUUCAUAUUAAGGAUAAAUAAUGCUGUUCCUAUACCUAAGCAGUAUCAGAAGUUCCUCGAGUUAUGCAGGGUGCCUGUGACCCAAUAGUUCAUUCUGGGGACAUCUUACCUUUGAGGAUUAAAAUUUGAGGGCCCAAUUGUAAGAGCUGUUCAUAAAGAUUACCACAUAGAGGAGCAGAAGGUGAAAGGGCUUUGGGGGAAACAAAAUGGUGGUUGCCAGUUCUAAUCCGCACCACAGGGAAAUAAGUAUCAGGAAGAGGAUUGCGAGCAUAUUCAAUAAACGAGAAGAUGAUUUUCCUUCUUUGAGAGAAUACAAUGAUUACUUGGAGGAAGUAGAGGAUAUGACGUUUAACUUGAUCGAAGGAAUAGAUGUCCCUGCUAUUGAAGCCAAAAUUGCACAGUACCAGGAAGAAAAUGCUGAACAAAUAAUGAUUAAUAGAGCCCGCAAGGCUGAAGAACUAGCUGCAGCUCUAGCAGCAAGCAAGGGUCAUCCUGUACAAAAUGAUACUGAUGUGGCACUGAACCAAGGCUUUCAAGCAGGAUUUGGUACUGGUAUGCAGGGGCAAUAUGCACCUACAAUUUCUGGACAACCACGACCAGUGGGCAUGGGAGGCCCGCAACCACUGCCACUCGGAGGGGUGCAUGAUAUGCAUGGAUAUGAUGAUGAAGAAAUGAUGCAGCUGCGAGCAGAGAGAGGUCCAAGGGCAGGAGGGUGGAGUCCAAUGAUAAGCAGGAAGAGGGCACUUGAAGAAGCCUUCAGUAGCAUUUGGAUUUCAUAGGACCAUAGCUUCUUAAUCUCUGUAAUGUAUUAUGUAUAUGGCCGAGCUAUUUACUUAUUCAUGAUAAAGAAUUUGUUUGUCAGAUUUUUGACAUGCGGCGAGGUUUAAAGUUAUACCUUCUAAAGUUAUAUGACGAUCAAGUAUUGUAAAAUUGUCCUAUUUAUGUACCAGGAACCAUUAACAUCAAACGAGAGCUACAACAAGGAAAGAAGUUUGUGUUUUUAA